AGUAGGUGGGACCGAGUAAGAAAACAGCAUUUCUUUCCAGUGUAGGGACACAGUUGAAGCGACCCAGCGAGGAGGCGUCGUUUGCGAGGGGAAAAUCAGCCCUGAGCACCACAAAGGCCUGUGUGAGAGCAGCAUCUGGUCAGCACAGCCCUGCAACUGUCCUUUCGUCCCCAGGAUGACUCGGCAUGGCAAGAACUGCACAGCAGGGGCUGUCUACACCUACCACGAGAAGAAGAAGGACACAGCGGCGUCAGGCUAUGGGACUCAGAACAUUCGACUGAGUCGGGAUGCUGUGAAGGACUUUGACUGCUGCUGCCUCUCUUUGCAGCCCUGCCAUGAUCCCGUGGUGACCCCAGAUGGCUACCUGUAUGAGCGGGAGGCCAUCUUGGAGUACAUUCUGCACCAGAAGAAGGAGAUCGCCCGGCAGAUGAAGGCCUAUGAGAAGCAGAGGGGUGCCAAGCGAGAGGAGCAGAAAAAGCUGCAGCGAGCAGCAGCACAGGACCAAGUGCGGGGCUUCCUGGAGAAGGAGGCAGCCAUUGUGAGCCGGCCCCUCAACCCCUUCACGUCCAAGGCCGUGGCAGGGACUGGCCCAGAUGAUACCCAACCUGGGCCCAGCGUGUGUCCCCCGAGCAAGGAUAAGGACAAAGCCUUACCCAGCUUCUGGAUCCCGUCGCUGACUCCCGAGGCCAAGGCCACCAAACUGGAGAAGCCAUCACGCAUCGUGACCUGCCCCAUGUCAGGGAAGCCUCUGCGCAUGUCGGACCUGACGCCUGUGCGCUUCACACCACUCGAUGACACGGUGGACCGCGUGGGGCUCAUCACGCGCAGUGAGCGCUAUGUGUGCGCAGUGACCCGUGACAGCCUGAGUAAUGCCACACCGUGUGCUGUGCUGAGGCCCUCUGGGGCAGUGGUCACCCUUGAGUGUGUGGAGAAGCUGAUUCGGAAGGACAUGGUGGACCCGGUGAAUGGAGACAAGCUCACAGAGCGCGACAUCAUCGUGCUCCAGCGGGGUGGUACAGGCUUCGCGGGCUCCGGAGUGAAGCUGCAGGCGGAGAAGUCCCGGCCUGUGAUGCAGGCCUAGCACGGGUGGGAAACCUAAUAAAGCGCUGGGUGCACAUGACACGCGGUCUUCGUUUGCAUCAGGGGGACCCGGGGAAGCAGGCCUGGUGGGCAGCACUCCCACCGCCUGCCCCUGGAAUGACUAGAGUUUGAAACCUGCCGGCUAAGAGUAUUGCAUGUUUUGUCGCAACGACUUCCCAAGCCCCGGGGGUUGCGCAGUUUAUAAUCCCAGCUACUCAGGAGGCUGAGGCAGGAGGAUUGCAAGUUCAAGGCCAGCAGGCAGCUCAGGCCCUGUCUCAAAAAAUAAAAAGGGCUGGGGAUGUAGCUCAGUGCUAGAGCACCCUGGGUUCAAUCUCCAUUACCACAAACAAAAAGAGCAAAUUCCGAAUUGGAUGCAAAUGCAUAACAUUAAAAUUGGUAGUGGUGGCCAGAAGUUGGAAUCUGAACUGGGACCAAGUGAGGGCGCCACUUUAGUAAGCCACAUAGAAAUCCCUUUGUCAGGAUCCCACCCCCACCCCAGCUUCUGCCAGGUUUGGAGCACAGGCAAUGUGCAGGAAGAGUCUUCCUGAGUGAAGGGUGUUGAUGUUGAAAGGAGACAAAGCCCUGUAAGAGGGAGCGAGAACCCGCGUGCAAAGGGCUCCCAUCUAGAAAAUGUGGUCGGGCCGUGCCCUCCCCUACAUUUGGCUGCUGAAGGCGGGAAAGGAAGAGGAAACCACAAGUGCAAAGGCCCAGAGGCAGCGAAGUACUGUGCAGGUUGGAGCUGGGGGAUGGAAGGAGAGAGGGCGGAGGUGAGCAGAGCAUGGGACCCGCCUGCUGAGUUCAGGCUUGACCCAGGAGGGGGUGUCCCUUAAAGCUUUGUUUUUAAUAUUAACAAACCCAGGGGGCUGGGACUAUAGCUCAGUGGCAGAGCGCUUGUCCACCUACAACUACCAAAAAGAAAAAA